AUGACUAAUGAAGGUCAAGACCAAUCUGGAAUUCUAGAGACUGCUUUGCAGACAGUCACUAGAGUCAUGAUGAGCAAUGGGGCCGAAAACGUAAGUGAAAGUAGCGAGGCAUUCGAUGAGGUAAUGGGAGAUUUAGAUGACGAUCAGAUGGACACUGCAUCGUCUUAA